AUGUACGAAGACGACUGCAUCAAGUCCCCUGGGGACUAUUAUUUUGUUUGUGACAACGAGGGGCCCUGGGCCAUCGUCCUCGAGGCCCUGGCCGCCAUUGGCAUCGUGGUCACCAUCUUGCUGCUCUUGGCCUAUCUCUUCCUCAUGCGAAGGGUCCAAGACUGCAGCCAGUGGAACGUCCUCCCCACCCAGUUCCUCUUCCUCCUGGGCGUGCUGGGGCUCUUCUGCCUGGCUUUCGCCUUCAUUGUCCAGUUCAACCAGCAAACUGCCCCCGUCCGCUUCUUUCUCUUUGGGGUGCUCUUUGCUCUGUGUUUCUCGUGCCUCUUGGCCCACGCGUCCAACCUCGUGAAGCUGGUCCGCGGCCGCGUCUCCUUCUGCUGGACCACGAUUCUGUGCAUUGCCAUCGGCGCCAGCCUGCUGCAGACCAUCAUCGCCAUCGAGUAUGUGACACUCAUGAUGACACGAUGCAACAUGUUCAUGCACCUGAGUCCCUACCAGCUCAACGUGGACUUCGUGGUCCUCUUGGUCUAUGUGCUCUUCCUGAUGGCCCUCACGUUCUUCAUCUCCAAGGCCAGCUUCUGUGGCCCCUGCGAGAACUGGAAGCGCCAUGGCAGGCUCAUCUUCAUCACCGUGCUGGUGUCCAUCAUCAUCUGGGCCGUGUGGAUCUCCAUGCUCAUGCGUGGCAACCCACAGCUCCAGCGACAGCCGCAGUGGGACGACCCCGUCAUCUGCAUUGGUCUCGUCACCAACGCCUGGGUUUUCCUGCUUCUCUACAUCAUCCCUGAGCUCUGUAUCCUCUACCGAUGCAGCAAGCAGGAGUGCCCCGUCCAAGGCAAUGCCUGCUCCAUCCCCACCUACCAGCGCAGCUUCCGGGCCGAGACCCAGGAACUCUCUAGAGCCCGAGACAGUGAUGGCGCUGAGGAGGACGUAGCAUUAACUGCAUAUGGUACUCCCCUUCACCUGCAGAAUGUUGAUUCCACACAAGAGUACGUCAUCCCCCGGGCUAAACCCAGCACCUUGCAAGAUGCAGUAUUAUAA